UUCAAAAUGCAUAUAUGGAUAUGAAUAUGUUCGAACUUACUUUAUUACAGUUUUGACAGCACUUAUAACUGAACUUACGUUAGCUUUUGGAUGAAAGUCAUUGCUUUGCUAUCAAUCGUCGUACAAACUAGAGACAGAAAAAAAUGUUCGCAUUAUUGCUUCGAAUCUUAAUUCUAAUUUUUUUGGUGAAUAACGUGCUAGUUUUUAAAAUUAACGAUAUCGAUGUUGGACGCAAAGAUGAUCAAAGAUUCUCAACGUCUUUUGAAUCACAAAAUAUGAAUCGUGUCAUCUCAAAGCAAUCUAUUGCUUAUGAAAAACAACGAAAAAUUCAAGACCAACCAGAGCAAAUCGUUUCAAUGAAGAAAGCAAGAGUGUCAAAAGUAAAAUCGAAAAAAUCAUCCGCCAAUCAUUAUAAAAACAAGAAAAAAGAGAGUAAAUCAACAAAUCAAUGGUCCCAAAUCGAAUUCUACAAGCCGGCUAGUGUAAUUCAGCGUAUUAAACCAAAGAAACGAGAAGCUAUUUUAUCGAGUGAAGAAGAGUUCGAUAGUGAUGAAUUCAUUGAGAAUGACAGUGAUUGGUGUGAUGAAUUGGAUACAGUUCGAAUGCCACAUUUACUCGGACCAUCAGCAACACACUAUUCACCCAUUCCGGUUCAUCAUCAACAUCUUUCCACUUUUCAAACAUUCCAAUAUGGAUGCUAUCAAUUAUUUUUUCCAUAUCAACAUCAAUUUGCGAUCAAUUCUGGGCCAUAUCAAAAUGCUGAUGUAUCUUCUUUAUAAAUGAACUUUAACAAAAAUUGAGAUUGUAUACUUGAACAUUGCAUUGACCAUGGUCAAUCGUUUUUUUACGAUAUAAAAUACGCGUGCAGGCUUAAAUAUAAAUAAAAAAAACUUACUUGGUUAGUGAAAUUUCGUUUGAUUGUUAAGAAAAAAUGAAUUUGGAACACCAAAUACUUGUGCCUACUAACAUUCCAGCCAAUUUUUUUGUAUUCAUCGCCUUGGCCGAAUUGAAAAACCUACGCAUUUUUGUGCGUGUUUAA